AUGAUCGCCAAGGCUGCGUCGUACUCCCUCUUCGGCGCCGCGAUCACCAAGUCCGGCGUUGAGGCUGAAUUCACGUGCGAGGGCCCGAUCACCGUGUUCGCGCCGAACGAUGACGCGUUCGCCGAUUUCUGCAAGGCGCAAGGCUUGUCCAAGGUUGAAAUCAUGACCUACGACGGCCUCAAGGACGUCGUCUUGAACCACGUCGCCAAGGGCGCGUUCACCGCGGCGAACAUGCCGGCGGAGGUCACCAUGGUGUCGGGUAAGACUGUCGCCACGUCCACGUUCAACUACAAGAAGAACGACAUCAAGGUUGACAACGCCACCAUCCACGCCAUCACCGCCGUCGUCGCGUAA